UCAGACUGUUUCAGUUACCGUAAGCGUUUUGACUUUAACAUUUAUAUCCAUUGACAGAUGGUAUGCUAUCUGCUUUCCUCUCAGAUUCAAGUCUACGACUAAUCGAGCAAAAACAGCCAUUAUUAUAAUUUGGGUCUUGGCACUGCUCUUUGACAUUCCGGAUCUGCUGGUAAUGCACACAUUUAGGGAUGCUCAACUACCCCAAAAAACUAUUCUAUUCACCCAAUGUGGUCCAACUUGGAGUAAUGAAAGUCAAAUUACUUUUACAAUCAUCAAACUUAUACUUCUAUAUACGGGACCUUUGAUGUUCAUGAGUUUCGCUUAUUGCCAGAUAGUCAGAGUGCUUUGGCGGAACGACAUUCCUGGCCAUAAUUUGUCAACUCGAAUCAUCAAUGCUAACGAAUUGAGCUCGCAGUCAAAUGUUGGGAACCCCGAGGGUCAAAUAAAGUCUCGAAGGAAAGCUGCUAAAAUGCUUGUCUCCGUCGUCCUCAUGUUUGCAGUUUGCUGCUUUCCGGUGCACUUACUCUCUAUCUUGAGAAGUACUAUUAUAAUACGCGCGAGUCCAUUGGCGAACGUAACAAGCUGUCUCGUACAUUGGUUAUAUUACGCUAACAGUGCGAUCAAUCCACUAAUUUACAACUUUAUGAGCGGAAAAUUCCGGCGAGAGUUCAAGCGCACGUUCUGCUGUCCACGUUCCGGUGACUCCCAUAACCGAGCUGUUUAUCGGAUGACAGCACGGAAAUCAUCCCAUUCUGUGCCCUCUGCUCGAGUAUUAAGCAGCCGAGUUAUUAUAAUACGAAGUAACGAUAAAGCCACCUGAAUGAACGAGGACAGAGCGAAUAAGAAACAGACAAGAAAAAUGCUAGAGAUUAUAGAUGCCCGGUGCAUGAGCUUUCGUAAAGAUUUAGAAACUAUCAGCAACUA